AUGUCGCAUUCCAGGCGGUAUGAUCAGGCGCUCGGCGAAGAAUUCGACGACUACGAAGACCGGAGACGAUGCUCUUCUUGCCGGACGACGUUGGGUCGCCGCGAGUCCCAAACUCCUCGCAGUCUGCCGACUAGACCCGACGAUUGCGUUCGUACAAAACUCGGUAAAGCGGACAUGCUUCUGAUCGUAUUGAUGAUCGGCCUCGCGGCCGGAAUCUUGUGGUCCGUCUACGAUCCGUGUUGGACGUGUCUACAUUUCGCCGUAGAUUACGAGUUGCCCGUCCGAAUACUACCGAUGGUAUUGCGAAAGAACGGCCGAGAACUGCUCGACUUCCGGACGUUCAAACAGGAAACCGCUCUGCACUUGGCCGCCAGGCGGGGCAACGAAGCGGCGGCGGUGGCGUUGCUCCAGGCCGGCGCCCGCAUGGACGUCCUCGACCACAAGUUCCGGACGCCGCUGUUGACCGCGCUGCACUGGCAAAAAGACGCGGUGGCCAGGCUGAUGGUUUUGGCGGGUGCUAACGUGAACCGCACACCCGGAUCGUCUCGAGCGCCAUUGCACACGGUCGUCGCCCGCAACAACGUGUCACUGAUGCGGCUCAUGCUCGAACACGGUUCCGUCGUCGUGGACCUGCACAACGACGACCUGAAUUGGACGGUCGUCCAUUCGGCCUGUGAGUCUGGAAACGUUUACAUGUUGGAGUGCUUGCUGGCGUACAUAGAGCCCGGCGUGCUGGACGUGCUGCACGCCGGUGGCCGGCCGAGACCGCCGCUCGUGGUGGCCGCCUCUUUGGGCCGCGGGCAGGUGGUGGACGUGCUACUGGCGCGCGGCGUGGACGUGAACGCGCGCCGCAGCGACGGCGAGACGGCGCUGCACGCCGCCGUACGGGGCAACUGGCCGGCGCUAGUGGACCGGCUGUUGGACGCGGGCGCGUGCGUGGACGCCCGGGACGCGGUGGCCGGCCGCCGCCCGAUCGACGUGGCCGUGUACACGUGGGGCCGCAACGUGACGGUCACCGCGCAGCUGGUGCACUCGAACCGCAUGGCCAAGGCGGUGGUCCGGCACGACGUGGACACCGUCGAGUUCCUGUUGGCGUGCGGCGUGUCGCCGAACAUGACCACCGAGGCGUACGGGUCGCCGCUUCACGUGGCCGUCCGGCACCGUCGGUACCGCAUGAUGGCGGCCAUACUGUCGUCGGACCGGUGUCGGACGUCCGUCCGGCACAACGGCGUCACGCCGCUCGAUUACGCCGUGGCCGUGGGAGACGCGCGCGCCGCCAAGAUGAUAUUGUGGCGGGACCAGCGGCGCCGGCGGUCCAGACACCCGUCGCUGACCGGCACCGCGGUUUCUCCGGAGAAACGGACGCUGCAGAAAAACGCAACGCGGCGCCGGCGGACGUCCGUCUGACCCGCCUCCGAACGAUUUCCCACGACAAACGAUGACCGCGUUUUUGUUUUUUUGUUAACGUCGACGAGAUAACCAUGUGGACGUUCUGUUUAUUGUUUUUAUUGUUUUUUCGUUUUUUUUUUCGCUUACUCACUUUAUUCGUUGUUUUUAUGUUUUCACCCUAUCUUAAUAUCCUUAAGAUAAACCAACGUUUUGGCGAUUUUUCGACCGUUUUAUUUUUUAUUGUUAUCACUAUUUUACCAACCCACUCCCCCAAAACUCGAACCGGAACUAUUUUAUAAGGAUGUAUCUAUAAACGUGCCUACCUUAUUACUUUACGACGUGUGUGUGUGUGUGCCUAUACAUACCUACCACCUGCUGUAAUGCAACUCCGGUUAUGUACCUAACCGUUCUAUAACAAAAAACCCGCGGUUAGUUCUAACAACAAAGCUUUCACUUUUAUUUUUUAUUAUUUAAUUUAAGAGACUAACCAUUAUAUCAUGUUUAGUGUUGACGAUAAAAAUUUGAUACGUAAAAUAUAUUAAGUUUACAUUCGAUGUUAAGAUAAUUAAUAACCGAUUUUUCACUAAACCCGUAAUGCAUUUUGUACGAUAAUAUAUAGUUACAAUAUAGUAUGUUAAAUUGUUAAGUGUAAUUAUAAUACAUUGACAUUAAAAACAAAACAAAAAAAAUGAUAUGAAAUACGUGACUUACCUGUUUGUGAUUUGUUUAUAGCAUAUAUAGAAUAGUAGCGUUUUAAGUAACUACGAGUGUAGACUUCUGUGCGGGCCUAACACGACGCAAUUAUAUUGUUUAUUUUUUUAUUUUGUCGUCGCGUUUUUACU